GUCUCGACCACAGAGAAAGUGUUUGCAAAAAUCUGUCUUCCUGCAGAGACGUGCUCAUGACGUUUUGUUUCAGCAGCAGUUGCGUGCUGCAGUGCUCUCACGGGAUUGAGGAAUGCUACAAGAUUUCACACGCUAUAUUAGGUUUUAUGUAUUUUGACAAUACAGUUUGCGAUGAGUCCAAGAGGAGGAAGUAUUUUCUGGGAAAGGGAGAGAGGAGGCUGCGGAGGGCUCCCUGUUUAAAAAAGAAGCCUCCAGGGAACAUCAGGGAGCUUCACUUUGUCAGGUACAAUCUGGAUGCAAGAGAUCCUCCCACUGCUACUGAAUGGGGGCGAUCUGACGCCGAUCCAAACCAUUCCUAACUGGGACAGGGUCCCCUGGCUGGAGGAGAAAAGACUGGCAGUGGUUGUGGAUCAGCUGCCUUCUCCACGGGCGCUGGUCACUCAUUUUCCCUGCCACCUCAUGCCCCCUUCCUUCCACACCUCCAAAGCCAAGGUAAUCUAUGUCAUGAGGAACCCUAUGGACAUCUUGGUGUCUUCAUACUACUUCCAUCAGAUGGCCGAAUUCCUUGAGGAUCCAGGAACCUUUGAUGAAUUCAUGGACAAAUUUCUUGAGGGCAGAGUGAUGUUUGGAAAGUGGACAGACCAUGUGAAGAGCUGGAGAGGCACAGACCUGGGAGACAGAAUAAUGUACAUCACAUAUGAAGAAAUGACUCAGGACCUGCCUGCAGCUCUCAGGCGCAUGUCUGAUUUCCUGGGCCGUAAUCUGAGUGAAGGAACCAUCCAGAAGAUAGCAGAACACUGCUCCUUCAAGGCCAUGAAGAACAACAACAUGUCCAACUUCAGCCUGGUCCCUAAGAUGUACAUGGACUCAGACAAAUCUCCAUUCCUCAGGAAAGGUGUUGCGGGAGACUGGAAAAACCAUUUCAGCCCAGAGCAGCUGGCUAGAUUCACAUCGGCCAUUCGCAAAGAGCUGGAGAACGAGAGCUUCACUCUGCCAUGGAGCCUGGAUUGACCAUCGACCAGAGCAAAGACAGAGAUGGAAAGAGCUGUAGAAAUAAAGUCAAGGCAAGUAGGAGGUUGGUGCUAACUUGGCCAAAAUUCUUAGUUACUGUCGGUUUUAAUGUUAGGCUUACGACUUAAAGCAAUUAAUUGAUAAAUAUAUAUAUAUACAUAUAUGCACUUAACAAAGAUCUUCUUUAAAGUUGGUUAGAUAAAUAUGUUGUCAUUUAAUCUGUUCAGAAUCUAAAUGCUGCAUCUGCAAAAGUACACUGUCUGCAGAAAAAAAUAUUUGUACUUUUUGUGUUAAAUUCCCAACAAGGAAAUGCUGCCUCAACAUCUGGAUUCCUCACAACUUUAACAGAGCUUAUUGCACUUUUAUGGUCCAGUCUUAACAUAUUUAGUUGUUUUUCUGACAGUGAAAACAAUUAAAGCAACAACACAACAAUGAUGCAAAUUUGCUGGCUACUUGCUAUCUUAACAUAAUUUCAUAAUGUUAUUAUUAGACAUAAAAUAAACAUUUUUACUAAUUACUAAUUUGUAAGUAACUGCUGAGGAGUAGUUACUAUGGAACAAAUAUACAAGUUUUUUUUUUUUUUUAACUAAGUACAAGUAUUUACAGUUUGCAUAGGGAGGUAUGGCAUAAUUACAUAAAAAAAAUGCUUAAUUACUGUUACACCCCUUACUGUGUCUUGGCUCAUAGGAUACAAGUUCAUACCUGUUUGUGUAUGUGAGAGAACAAACUACGUUUACAUCCUUUUUCUUUAACGCAUAACAAUUGCCAUGUUAAGCGUCCACACUACUCUGGCAUUUUGCAACUGCUGCUGACUCUGUUUUAGUUUGACAACUUGUGUUUUAGUCUUGACGGGCGGAAAUGAAGACUUUUGAAAAUUAGGAUGCAGACAUCUGCAGGUACUUCCAGAAAGGGUCUUAUCAGUCACGACUUGUCAAGCCAAAACUUUAUUGCUAGACCUGCAUACCUUUUGUGAUUUCAUCCUUAUAAUGGCUUCCUCCGGCAAUGGAUAAUGAUCCUGAUAUCACUCUAAUAUGUUGCUGUAUUUGCUUUGCAACAACUCCCAAACGGUGUUUGGGCCACCUUGACAGCCUCAUACUCAAAGCCUCAAAGUAAGAGUUCCACCUUGUUUUUGGUCUUACUUUUGGCUGUCUCUGACGUAUUUUCUGAAACUUUGUUUUAGAGUAAAAACCUAUUAGCUUGAAUGUGGCCAACUUAAAAAACAACAAGCUGAUGUCAUGUAAAUCAAUCUGCUGUCCUUAAUUGUAUUACUGUUGACAUUGGAUUACGGUAUUUUAGUAUUAAUUUUCCCAAAAGUCUCAAUCUGCCAUACUCUUUGCACAAGAAAAUGAAAGAAGGCAAAAUAUACUUUAUAUCUGGCUCUAAUUAUUUAGUCAGUUAUGUAACACAUUUAUUCACAUAUACUGUUUUUAUCCUUUACUGAUGACUAUUCGGUGUAUUAUUGUCAUAGUUCAACACAUUGAAUGAUUAGUUAAACUUUUAAUUAUUAUUAUUAUGGUGUCUUAACUUUCUAAUCACCAUUAUUAAAUUACUACUGGAUUUAUGUUAAUUUCUUCAAUAUCUUAUUUGUAUCACUUGCUGUUUGCUUGCUUCGGCCUUAAAGUAUAUACUGAAGGAAAAGUCAAGUCUUCUUGGUGAUCUUUUCCUUUUUUUAAGUUUUUUUUUUUAAGGGGUUCAUCUGCAGAAGUUAAGAUAUUGUGGUUGCCCAUCAAAAACUGGACUACAUUCUUUGUACAAGAAUGUUUUUCAAAUGUUGAGGAUUUGCACAAGUUAGGAUUUUUGUCUUUUUGAAUUAGGUUUAAGCCUUGAACUGUUGUCAGAGCAAAAAAAAAAAAAAAAAAAAAACCUUUAACCCCAAACCAGAGAAAGUGUAGGCUUACUGGCUGAUAGUUGAUGAUUGAUAGUUGCUGGGUCAUUAGCAUGAAGUUUUGCAAUGAUAUUGUACAUACAAGAGUUAACUUUAGGUUAUAAAUGGCUGGCUUUUUUAAAAUUAAACAAAAAAUGUUUGAGGUAAAUGAUCUUGGAUGAAAACAUUCUGCUUAUUGAAAAAUCAUUAUGAUAUGCUGGUGUUAUUUAACAAUUGAACUUUCAUAAUAAAGAGUUACUGAUACUUAAACAUGA